AACCCAGUUCAGAUUCAGUCAGAUUCGAAGCUGUGCGGAGAAAAUAUUUCUCUCCUCAGUCCAUCUGUGAAAGUGCUUGCUACAAUAAUAAUAAAGGUAUAUUUUUUAGUGGUCGGUUUACAAAAAAUUGUUAGAUGAGUAGAAACACACACAAUAUUGAUUCGCCUAAUAAAUUGAAGCCUCCGAGGAUGGAGGCUUCAGGGCGGGGAGUAAGACUGCAAGCAGGAACAGUUCGUGCUUCUCAAACAGGACGUCCUCGUGAAAGCGACACUGAAGCGAUGUCACCCAACGGGAAGCCCAAAGCUGAGCCGAAGUUGGUUCGCCGGUGCCCACCAAGAAAGCACCCGGAAAGGAAAACCAGGGAGGAGAGAACGAUCGAGAAGUUCCGAAACAUCGACUUCUUUGGCCAGCGCGACUCGAAUAAUUUACUGACUGUCCAGAAUCUUGAGUUCCCUGAUGUCAACAUCAAGCGUACAGAGCUUCACAAGCGGGACGAGUGCGGCAAGAGCGUCAUCCGUGGCAAGGGGCGGGACUUUGCGAGCUCCAGCAACUCCCACUUCAGAGAUGGAGUCGAGACGGUGAAAAUUCGCAGGGAGAAAUGCACAUCCUCCAGUAAAGUCCCAGAGUCGGAACCCGAGAGUCGAAGGACUACAGAUCUUUCACAUCAAAAGGUUGGGGAACCAAAUUCGGACGAGCUCAUCGAUUCGAUACACAAGCCCUCGACGCGUCCGCCCAACUUCAAUGGAGAUGAGUGGAGACGACCGUGUCCAGCCAGUUUCGUGGCUGGGGCUCCGCGGCCGCGGAUUGGUCGCUGCCCAAAGAACUACGAACAGCUAGCCAAGGUCACGCCGGCGCGCCGGAAGUUCUUUCUCACCCAGGACCCACGGAAGACCCAUUGUCUUGUCAAUCCUGUUGCAUUGCGCCACAAGCCAUUGACCAAGGAGGAGGAGUUUAAUCUGAUCAGCAAGCUGGUGAAGCACGGCGACAAUCUUUGUGCCAGCACCGGUUCAGAGACGUCCGACACCCACAUCUGCGAGGUUAUUGACUUGCAGAAUCCCCUGGGCCUCGACUUCCAUGGCAUGGACUACAAGACGACGUAUGAGCAGGACGAGAUAGAGCAGCAGAACGCCCUGACUUUCUGGCGAGUUCAGCGGUAUAUGGCGCGUCGCAAGGCCAAAAAGAACACCAAGGUUAAUGUGGAGGCUGAGCUGAAAGCGGAGCGCCUGGCGGUGCCGCAGCGAUACAAUACAAAAAUCAAGGACAUGCCCGUCCUAGAACCGACUCCACCGCGCUCGCCGCGGCUUGUCCAUUUGUAUCGCAGCCCUGACAAGCCAAUAAACAAGGCCAAGAUCGAGGAUGAACGCAGGCGCCGAGCUGCCCGCUACAAAGACAUAUACCUUCGGAAUAAGCAACGGGAUCUGGAGCAGAUGCAGGAACGUCAGAAACAGGAGGCAGCUAUCAAGGAGAUUCAGGGGCGGACUGUGGCCGAGGAGGACUUGCGUGCAGACGUGGCUGUCAUCGACGACGCCAUCGAGCGCAGUUUUCGAAAGCACGUGGAACUAAAGCCAAUCAUCCGGAAGAGAAAGGUCUUUCCAAAGACCCUGACUGAGACAGAGCGCCUCAAAUCGAUCAUGCACCGGGAAGACUGUGUGCGCCGCGACAAGGCGCGAGUGACGCAACAGUUCUUCCUGGAGCGGACGGGAAAAAUGAAGUACCUGCCGGACGCGGAGCAGAACCUGCGCUGUGAUGAGAGCAUCGAGGGCAGCGUCGGCUCCACGCCCAGCGAGCAGAGCAGCGACGAUGAGGACUAUCUGCAGGUGGGAAAGAUUGGAGACAAAUUUCAGCUCCGUGGCUUCCACUUCAAGCACGGGGAUGGCCUUCGAGGCAAGCUCCACCGGCACCAGAUUAUGCAAGGCCAGCGAACGGUCAAGGGAUGCCUCACGCGAGAAGAGUGGCUCAACCAGCUAGUGCCCCACAAAGAACCCAUCAAAUUGGACGUCGAGCGCGGCAUCAUUAAGGUCCUGGACCCCGACGACCCCAACCUGGACCUGUUCCCGCCUGAGCCCCUGCUGAUGCGGCGGCGAGAGCGAAAGAGUGCUGUCAGGGAGUUUGUUGACGAGCGCCUGGGUCGCCAUUACCACCGCCGGCUGAGGAAGAACCUUAAGCUUGUGAAGCCGAAGCCCGCCUAUAACGUCAAGAAGUUCAAUCUGAUACGUUACGUCUUCCCCGAGAAGGUAAUCGUACCAGACGGGCGGGUGCCGGUGGAGGAGAUGGAGGUGCUGGAUGCCACCAAAGUGAACACCACCUUGGAGUAUCUCAAUCUUAAACAGAAACUUUCUAAGUCCAAACGCCAGAAGAUUAAACUUGCACGCAUGAAGUUGCUCGGCCUUCCCUGCAUUGAGAAAAAGCAAUUGCGGACGGCAGAUCCGUGCCAGGACGUGGAGGAGGAGCUCGACGUGGACUGGGUCCCGACCCCAGAACCUCCUUACGAUGAAGAGGAAGCCAUGCACCGUUUGGAGGGCGGCUGUGACCGCCCAUCGAACCUUCGUGGAUUCACAAGAUCAGUAAGGCCCAGGCGUGAAGGUCGCGGCUAUGGGAACUCUGUGUAUCGGGCCACUUCUGGACAGGAAAAUGUCGAGGUUAUCCAACCGCCACGAUGGCGUGGAAAUAUGCCCGCUCCCGCGGAGAGGGAGAAGACGCUAACGAUUCACCCUAGGCGCAAACGCGACUACGCCAACGAGCGUAUCCCUUCUGCCAUUUUCAAUGAAGUGCUGCAGAACUCACCGUUGCCACUGCUGGAGCAACCGGAGCCGGACAAAAUACGCUUUGCCAAUGUGCGGACAAAAAAGCGCCCUUACUCGGAAAUAUUUGAAGCCCGACACCAUCACGACCAUUGGGCUCCCACCCAGGUUAAAAACGUCCAUGUGCAAUACCAGCCAAAGACGGUGUACCCGGAGGUCACAAAUGUGGCCAAGAAAGUUAGGGAUCCGGUGUUAAAGUUCGAGAGGGCCGAUCCGCCUUGCAGCAAGUAUGUGGACCGGGACCUGACCAUGCCCAGCUAUGACUUCGACAAAAUGAUAGCCGAACAUCUGGCCGCCACCCGGACGGACAAGAAGGAAGCAGCAGGGGAAAUAGUUCCGGAUCUGUGCCGGCCCUAUGAUUUCGUGUUUCACUCUCGCGACCCCGAGGAACUUGCCAAGCUGGACUUCCCGGGUCGGAAGCAGUACCUGGAACUGUUGCGUGAGACCCGCGAGGCCAUUUACGAGACCAGGGACAUAGAACCCGGUGAGGAGCGCCUUCUGGUCGAUCGCCGCGCUGUAGUCCAGGACCUCGAAGAGGAUCUGAAAAGCAUCGAGAACUGCUUGAGCUCUUUGAGCAGUUCGGACUGCACGGACCUCUCGAAUGACAGUGGCAGCUAUAUGGUAAUCGAGGGUAAGACCAAGCUGCCCCUGGAUUACAUAAGAAAGCCGUUGGUGCCUUUUGAGGAAAUGCGACGAGCCCGCUUCCAUGCGGCGGUGAUCGACGUAGCGGCCGAGGACGAAGAUCCCUACCGCAUGCUUCCAUUUUCGGGCCAGCACAAGGAGCAAGCCGACAUGCUGGGACCGAAGGACACUUUUUUUACCUUCAGUACGCGGCUACGCAACAGUCUGCGUCUGCGACUCGAGGUGGCAGUGCCAGACGUACGUAAGACACUGUUGGGUCCGGGGAACCGAAAGUAUUAUGGGGCAGUAAUAACUGACCUCGACGAAAACUACAUUGAAGAGCUGAAGAGCCGCGCCACCAUCAAGUCGUUCAAGUUCAAAACCAGCAUUCAACUCCUCAAGGACGCCAUGCGCCUGAAGUACGAAUCCCUGCUUAUCCAGGGACAAAUGGUGCGCACCAAAAUCUACGACCGCAUGAACGAGCGUCACUGGGUGAACAUGAAGAACACGAAGAACCUGUAUGAGGCGCUCUUCGCCAAGUGGAAGAAGAAGGAGUACAACGCAGCCAUGACGAUGGUGUACCAAGUUAAAUCCUACUACGAAACCACCGACAAGCUGAAGCAGGAGUACCGGGAGCUGGAACGUGAGCUGAUGAUGCUCAAUAUGGAUAUAGUGUUCAUUGAGGGUCACUGGAUCCGUUGCAUCAUGCUCCAGAACUUCCAUUACCUGAUGGGUGACCAGGACUGGCGGGCUGAGCACGACUGGAUACACCUUGUUCCGAAGUCAAAGCGCACCAAUAGCUCGGAUGCCGAGGGAUCCGAGGAGCAAGAGUCCGAGGGGCAUGAGGACGGUACCGAAGAAGAGUUGGAACUGGAGCCUUACGACGUCUCCAUUGCCAAGCGCGCCAUCGUCAACAUUCGCGUACGCGACAAGGACGAUGCUUGGGCAAUCCGCGCUUUUUAUUACGACGUGUACAUGCAGAAAGUGCACCCAAUUCUGCAGGUGUUUCCGGACGCAGAAUCCUUCCUGCAGGGCGUGGAGAACCUAAAGAACAAAACUUUUAUGCUGCUGCUGGAGAUGCACUUCACCCUCUCCAUCCACACGGAGCUUCAAGGACGCUUGGAAACGUUCAACGACUGGUGCUCGAAACACCUCAAGGAAAAACAGGAGUACGUGGCCCGCAAGUCGGCCAAAAAGUUCUUUAUGGAGGACCGUGCCAGGGAGAUGGAGCAAAAAGUCCAUCAGUAUCUCGGAGAGCCAAUCAAAGAAACCAUCGCAGACGAGGAUUUCAACAAGCACCGCGCAGUGCUAGCUGAAGUAUGGCGCCGAGUGGUCCCUGACUCCGUGCGCGGAACCAGUGACGUACUGCCCAGUACCGCAGACAUGGUCGCCGCCAUCAGUGACGUGGUUAUGGAGAUACUGUCCAAAUUCGAGCACAUGGAUAUUGAAAAGGUUCGCGCUGUGGAGGCGACCCUGCGUAAACGUCGGCGCUACCGGGAGAAGCUCUCGGCCCAAGCAUAUCAAGUGGAGCGGCGCAUCGAUAUGGAGAUGAAGAAGGUACGCCGUAACUUAGAGCCCCCCUACAAGAGGCCCAAGCGGGAGGGCCGUCUGCCCAGAUUAUUUCUUAAGAAACGGGUCAUUCCGGAGGAGAAGGAGGUGUUUGUUAUAUCCGAGAAUACGAAGAACUUCGUUCGCGCUUUCAGGGAAGACGGUUACACGGGAGACCAAGUGACCCACACAUCCCUGCUGACAGUCGACAAUAUGCAGGAGCAGAUAGUACCAUUUUACUUUGAUCAUUUCCUUAAGAUUAACGGCUACACACCCAACUAUAACUUCAGAACAAACGUAGACUUGCGGGACGGGCCAGAGUUCAACCGCCUGAAAAUCCGCGAGGUUCUACCCGAAGUACUGGCCAGGUUGGAAAACUGGGAGAAUAUGCACAAGAAGAUCAUGGAGGAAAAUAUCCAACGUAAUCCGAAGAUGUACGAGAAUGUCAUCUAAGGCCUGUUACAUAACACAACGAACAUCACAUGAAUUUGACCUCUUGACUCCAGCCUGUGCCAAAUUUAUCGUGCUCUGAUUGGAAUCCAUGGGCAUAAGGACAUUUAAAAGAAAAAAAAUUUCGUUUAUAAAUUUUAACGGUAUUGCUAUUAAAAACUCGCACUUUGAGAAAAUAUUUCAAUCAUAAA